AUGCCCUGGACGAUGGAAGAAGCACAAUCUCUACUGCCAAACGAAGUACCACCCAACGAGGAAAACCACUCGAGCAGGACCAUGUUGGACAGCCUCAUGCAUGACGAUGACGAUGAUCUGCACAUGGACAUUCUCUCCUUGACCAAGUCGGAUGAAACUACUUCUACGGAAAACGAUGAGGAAGAUAAUAUCAUCCUCAUGGCCACGGAUGGAGUUUCUGGUGGUGGCGUCAAUCAAUCCGAUGACUUUUGCUACGAGUCGUUUGGGUUCUUGGAACGGAAUGAAAGGGCUUGCAGCCCGUUGGAAGGCCGAAUCUCGACAUCCAUUUUCAACACGACGGCAUCGUCAGGUUGGGUGGGAGAUACCAUCUCGAAGUCCCUCCUUAAGAUGCAGAAUGGGCUCAAGUGUUGGCAUGAUAGCUGGGAGCGACUGGCAGAGGAACAGGUGAUGAUGCCCACCACCACGACACUGACGUCCAGGAGUUCCUUGUUCGAACGACAGGAUAUUCUCAUGUGUUCCUCGUCGAGCUCUUCCCAGUCAUCGUCUCCUCCUCCACAAUCUCGACAAACGUGGAGAAACAUGAUGAUGAAGAGGAAGAGCAGCUUUUUCCCCAUGACCAAGCCCAAGACUCCAACAUCCACUGAAGCAGCAACAUUCCCAUUGAGUACCAAGUCUUGCAGCGCGGUUGGUUACAAGAUGGCCAAGAAGUAUCAUCAUGUCAAGGAGAUUAGGACGAAUGGCAUCCAUGUCGUGGAGUUGGUCCCGCUCCGCACCGGAUCCCAGGAGGAAGAGAGCAUGGCGUUUGAGUGUUCCUGGGUAGACAGUGACUAUGAUUAUAGACCCCGGUCGCGGUCGGCAUCGGAAAACGAUUUAUUACUUGACAAUAGCAGUACGAGCACCUUUGCUUCGAGCGCCAUGCCACCAGCAUUGCCUCUCAGAAGGGUGUAA